AUGGAAGUAUACUUGGCCAUUGCUCCUCAAGGCUUAUUAAUGGUGCUGGAUGUGCCCCAAUCCAAACCCAAAGGAGCUGGAGUUGCCACUUCUUCCACUGCUCUUACCACUUCAGUUCCUGUGCCUGCCACCACACAAUCUACUCCUGCUGCUUCCACUCCUCCUAGAGUUACUCGGGCUGCUUCUAAGAAAGCAACAACUACUGAGACUGUUCUUCCAAUAAGGACUACCUCAGUUUCAGUCGAAGUGGAACAAACUCAAGAUGUGGAGAACAUUCAAAUAAUCCUGCCACUUCCAGGCCCUAUAUUUUUUAUACCCUUCCUAAGAUCAAGUAUUCCUGCAUCACUUUCUUUUGGCUUAACUCCAUAUCUUCCUUACUUGUCUUUUGACCUAUCUCAAUUUAAUUCACUUUCGAGCCUUGCUCUUUCUUCUCCUCCUAAGGAAGUUCCAGCUAUUACCUUCUCUUCGGUGGUAGUUGAUUCCCCUAUAGAGGGUGCUGGCAGCUCUCCAACUCGUAGUUUAUUACCUUUGCCUAGUUCCAGCCCUUCUUCCCUUGAUUUAUUGGUGGCUAGAACCAUAGAGACUACUGAAGAUGCUCCACCCAUUUCUCCUGUCCCUAUGCAGUCCUUUGUGCCUUCCACCAAAGCCCUUUCUGCCCCUUUCAUGUCUACAGAUGAGGUAGAUAUUUUUGAAGCAAGACUAGCUAGUCUCUUCGACUUGCCUUCUACCUCUCUAAUGGCUACUGAUGAGACUGAGCAGUUAGUUUUGGCUGAUUCCUUACUAGAAAUUUUUUAG